GGAUCAAACAUGUUACUGCGCAGGGCCAAAGCUUGUACGCCUUUAUACUGCUGCCUUCCGAACAUGAGGCCACCCCGGCGGAGACCACGACCCCGGAGAAAAUCACGGUCCCGGCGCCGCUCUCACACAGUAGCUCUAAAAUACUACAGAAACGAGGCAUAUGAUGGCACACCUCACAAAUGUGCAACAACCUUUAUGAAGAAUAAAUAUGGAAAAUACGUUAAAUUAACCAAAAAGAAUGGAUUGAAGCUGGUAGCGACUGACACUCAAGACGGAGCUAUCACUUGUAACUUGGAGAUAUGGAAAUGGAACACGAACAUUGCAUUCUGUUUUAAGUAUGGUGAGAGUGAAGUCUAUGUGGUUACUGAAGACGAAAAUAAACUUGAGCUGACCCGGCUGGAGCAAAUCACGGAUGAUGGCAUUAAAGAAACUAUCCAGAGCUUGAGGCCUUGGUUUCAAAUUGAACCCGUUGGGAAUCAUUUCUGUAUCCGGGCAGCGAACUCAAAAAAAUAUUUAACAAUAGAAGAAAAUAGGUGCAUUACCCUCAGUAACAGGCAAGGCUUGGACAGCACCUUUUGUACACUUCCCUGUCGAUGUAACGAAGAAGGGUGCUCUGGGGUGUGAGUCUUCAGGAUGAGCUGACAUGGGUGUUACAGAAAUAUUGAGAGUUAGUUACUAACCAGGUUCAACCUGAUUAACCUUCUAAUCUUAUCGAAAUCUGUUUUUAAACAUUUGUACUGCUGGCUUGUGCAUAUUGUAGGCCAUUUAAUAAUGUGCUUGUACUUGCAUAAAUGUGCUUUGUAUAAAGCUUUUACAUAUUGCUUCUUAAUAAAAAAAAAUCUUGAACACACCAAUCCAAACAGGAUAAAAAAAUAUAGGUUAUAGUUUAUGGACUUUAAACUGUGGUGGAAGAAGUACUUGAUUGUGUUACUUAAGUAAAAGUACUGAUACUAUGGUAAAAAAAAAAAUAAUCACAUGAAAAAAUACUUAAGUGAAAGGUUUUUUUUUUUAAAUAAUUAAUUAAAAGUAAAAUUCGUGGGUGCUUCUUCUAAAAUUUUCUAAGACGAUCUCUAUCUGUUUGUAGUUUGGACUUCCGCAUGAUUCUCGGAAAAGCCAUCAACAUCCAUUCACUGCUGUACUAUGAGUGACAGUGCUGUUAUCUGUUGUGUGAAAGUUGUUUGCAGUAUUCCUUAUCAUUUCCUGGGUGUGUCACAUGUUUCAACAGAAGAAUGCUGUGAAAGUUAAUAGGCUUUGUGGUGUCAAUCAGAACUCAAGAAAGUUGCUCAAUUCGUUACUGUCAAUCAAAGAGUAAAACUUAAAGUACAUUUUUGUAAUGGCAAUGCGGAGGUGUAUAGUUACAUUUACUUAAAGUAACUUUUUAUAGAAAAAGUACUUUUCUAGUUGCCUACUUUUACUCCUGUUGAGGAAAACAGCCCUUUCCUCUCAUGUUCAUUAGUUUCUGCUAAGACAAAGAAUAACCUUGAAACAAAGAUGAAGCUCAAAGAAGAAUUUACUUAUUCAGUCAGUAAAGAGCAAUACCUGUACAAGGAUUCCCAGACAGAGACUGAAUGACUGAAUGUUUACACCCAUACAAUGAGUGUUAUAUGCAUGCCAUAGUGAGAGGCCACCGCAGGUCAGCCAGACCUCUUGGCUUGUCGCAUCCUUUGGGGGUGUGUUUGUCUCUUGCUCCGAUUGCUAAAGCAUAUUUUGCUUGCUUGACCAGGGUGACGAGUGAGUCAUCACACGCCCAUCAGUAAGUCAUUGCCCUACUUAGUUUGGCCAUAUAGAUAUAGAACAUCUUGCAUUUCCUGGACAUAUGUCUGUGUCACACAGCUGUAAUCUAGUCCGUGUCUUCCCAUGAGCACUGGUACAAUAAUAAACUAUGCAGUGGUUGUGCAGAAUAGCUAAGUAUAGUUUUUUAUUCUAACACUUCCACUUGAGUAGUUUUUUAUUGAAGUAACAGUUCUCUUACUUGUUUUGGUUCCUCUUUCUACUGUGAAUAAGUCUACAAGUGACAAAAGCUUUAUGAAUAUAUGAACCAGUGUUUCAGUUUUAUGCAGCUAAAACCUGGAACAGUCUUCCUGAAGAUGUGAGACAGGUCCCUACUUUAACAAAGUUUAAAUCCAGAUUCAAACUUUUUAGCUGUGCAUAUAACUGAAAAGUUUUUAUUCUGCAUUUAAUGUUCAUUUUAUGAUCAUUAUUUGUGAUUAUUUAUAUUUUGAUUUGUUGUAUUAUAAUUUUAAUUACUUUCUUAUUCUGUAAAGAACUUUGAAUUACUUCGUGUACCAAUUGUGCUGUAUAAA